AAAGGUAAUCACAACUCACAAGUCACACAACCCCAAUUAUCCCCAUAAACUUAUCUCCUUAUCCACAAAUUUCUCCAGGUUCACAGCUGCACACACCUCCUCUCACCUUCUCUCCUGCCUCUUUUCUUCUUCCAAUUCACAUUCUCCCUCAAAAAAAGAAAAAGAUCUUCUCCGACCAGCCAAACACUCCCUUAACCUCAUCUUUCCCCAAUGUCCACAUUCGGACUAACGAACACUUUCUCAAACCCUAACCCUAAAAUUGUCAAUUCUCUCGAUAUCUCCAAUUGCAAAUUAUUCAAUGGAAAUUGCAGAGUUAAAUUUAGGGUUUGUGCGAAAGUAACAUCUCCUGAACCAAAUGCUAAGGUUUAUGGUCAAUUUUCUGCACCAGUGAAGCCUAGCAGUAGCAGCUCAACGGCGUCGUCUUCUUCCCCGAAGAAGAAGAAAGAAGAUGAAGAAAAACAAGAUUAUUAUCUUAAUAUGGGUUAUGCUAUUCGUUGUUUGCGCGAGGAAUUUCCUGAAUUGUUUUGCAAAGAGCUCAGUUUCGAUAUUUACAGGGAUGAUAUCGUGUUCAAAGAUCCCCUGAAUACUUUUGCUGGCAUUGAGAACUACAAAUCAAUCUUCUGGGCAUUGCGAUUCCAUGGAAAAAUAUUUUUCAGGGCUUUGUGGAUUGAAAUUAUUAGUGUUUGGCAACCUGUGGAGAAUGUCAUCUUGGUUCGUUGGACUGUCCAUGGAAUCCCACGAGUUCCUUGGGAAAGCCGUGGUCGUUUCGAUGGCGUUUCAGAGUACAAGUUUGAUAAGAAUGGGAAGAUUUAUGCUCAUAAAGUUGACAACAUUGCCCUCAACUCCCCUCGCAAGUUCCAGGUUCUCUCUGUCCAGGAGUUGAUCUUGUCACUUAGUUGCCCUUCAACACCAAAGCCUACUUGCUUCGAGAUCUCUUCUUCUUCCACAGAACCCAUUUCGUUUGCUGGAAAAUUAAAUUCUGUAAGGCAUUACUUGAAUUCUGCCUUGGAUCUUUCACAUAGACAUGAGGCAGAAACUUCUCAGAGAUCAUAGCUUUUUGUUGAUAAGUAAAUUUUGUUAGUUUUUGAAUGUCUAGACCUUUAUUGAGCUUGGUCAUCCUGAGCGUUGGAGAGUUAUAAUAGUUUUUGUUUCUGGUUCUUGAAGGAAAAAGCAUACACCUUUAUGUUGUAUACUAAUAAAUCACUGCAGUGUGCUGGAGCCUGAUUAAGUUGUAGUAUAAACAAGACCUCUCCACCUGCUCAUAUGUAAUGAAGCAUGACAUAGUAUUGUAAUUAUUGUAAACUUUGUAUAUAUUCAAAUAUAAAGUUGAAUUUUCAGUUCA